AUGGCAAAUUUACAAAAAAAGCAAACCCGAGAGGAAAGAUUGGAGAAAAAACGCCAAGCAGAAAGACCACGCGACCAGCGAAUUAAAAAUGAUCCAAUCAAGAAUGCUGAAUUAAAAGAAAAAGAUAAAGAGAAGUAUCACAGAAAGAAGGAGAAAGUACAAGUUAAAAGUAUAAAAGAUCUGACAGAUAGGGAACAGCGAGCUAUGAGAAAGAUAUGGAGAGAGCAAACUGAAAGAUAUAGGGAUCGUGUGAGGCAAAAAACUAUUGUUAAUUAUCCAGAGUCACCGCCGCCUUCGGACCAUGAAGAUCCACACUUCGAUCUUCAAAUAUUGGACAAUAGAGCUUCAGGUGCCAAAAGACCGUAA